AUGGUGGCCGAUAAUACGGAGAACUUUGUAGAGGUGCGGUGUCACAAGCUACUGAUAUGCGACCCUCGGGACACAAUGAUUUUGGAGCUUGCUUCACUCCGAACCGCUGUGGCUUUGCAAGUCCUGGAGCGUGUCUCGCAUCAGGAGCGUCUGAACCUCGAUGAUGCAACGCUGAACAGCUUUGCAGAGGCAUGGUGCUUCUUUGACGACCUCUUUGCCCUGUGUGAGGGAGAAGAGGAUCUUUCCGACAGGUUCUCUGGGCGGCCAGCGCGCCAAGUUGUUGUCCAAGAUUCGGUGCGUGUGAAGGCUGAGAAUGCCGACGCGCAGUCCGCCAUCCGCGGCGGAGCCUGUGGCAAUGCAGUUGCGGGUGGCCCGGCUUUUGAGCGUGCUGGUACCACAUGGCUCGAGGACAACGUGGAAUUGGUGCGCUCGGCACUGGCACCCUUCGAAGAUCAGCUUCACCACUUGCUGGAGGUAGUGUGCGAGGGCAUCGAGGGCGGAGGCCAAACCCUGGGUGAGGUCUGGGGUGCAACUGGAAAUCCACGCGCUGAAGGGUGUGAUUUCGCCUUCUUAUCGCUUGGCCAGGAGAUUCCUUCUGGCUUAAUCGAGAUCGACAGCUUCCUCUCCAAGGAUGAGGUAAGUGCUCGUCAGCUAGGUCAGACCCGUCUGGCAGAGAUGAUGAGCACCCUCCAUCCGGACAGCCUUGCGCAGUUCCACAGACAUCUGGCUCGUGCACGAGUGACUGUAGUCUGGCGGGAAUUCCGACGGCGGCAGAGCGUUUUGCAGGGUGCACUCGGCAACUUGCGCGUCCAGGGCAAUGAUGCUGUUCAGCAAGAGCAGCUGGACCGACUGGUGCGGACGAUCAUUCUGAACUUGGAUGAAAUCGGCAGCUUCGUUUCCACUCUCGCGGCAUUCUUUAAGAGUGUUGACUUGGCAGAGGUCAGUGAGAACCCGGUCCAAGGCGAACCGCGACCUGUCAUCGACAGGUCGAUGGCAGGGUAUGUGAUGCACGUCGAUUGCGGUCACAACGGGCCGCUGGACGAGGUCGACCUUCGCCAGCUCUCGCUGCACUUGCGCGUGUCUAAAUUUGGCAGGGAGGAAGUUUGA